CAUUGUCUUCCGGGUAGAUUCUUACCUCUCGGUUCAAGAUCUUGUCAACAAGGCCGUUGACAGAAAGUUGUUAGGGGCCGAUGGUUCAAUCCUUUCACUGACGCGUCUAUCAAAGAUCAUUCAAGAAGGUCUCGUUGAAAAUGAAGUGUGUCCUCUAACGAAUCGUUUAGAUGGUGGAUCUGAACGCUAUUCUGGUAGUGUUCAUAAGGUGGACAAAAUGAAAGUAAUUGAAGAAGAGUACCAUAUCCCUGAUGAAUUUGUGGCUCCUGAGGUUUUGAAGCAACUGAAAUCUGCGCCAGUCACUUGUUCUGUGCUGCUGUUUCCUUCCUACGAGAAGAAUCUAAAUAGAGAUAUCAUCUACGAGCCAACAACUGAUGAGAUUAACGCGUAUAAAGAAGAUAAACACAAGGGUCGCAAUCUUGAUGUCCAUGUCAUGCUUUGCACAGGUAGUGGAGUUGACAGGCGCGGGAAAGAAUACUUCGAGUUUCAAAACAGUACCGGUGAUGUUAAUGCGGUUGAUUUUGGCUACGUCAAGUUUGCCCAAAACCCAAAUACAAUCAUCGAGUAUGUCGUUUUGAAGGACUAUCGCGCGAGGGAUCUCAGUCACUUUGAUUCUGAUUCUGAUUGAGUAGAGAAAAAGAGGUGGUCCUCAAGCGCAAUUGGAUGACUGCUUAACCUAAUAUGACAUCUGCUUAAAUAAAACUGUGGGAUUCUGUUUGACUUUUACUUUUAUUGUAAUAAACGUUGGGAAUUGAGUACCAAUUACAUUAUGUUGAAUAUUUAUUAGAAUUAUGGAAAUGUCUCAAUCUCGCCAUUA